AUCAGGGCCCCGUUUCAUCAACGAUCGCAUCGCAACUUUAAUGCCAAAAUAUCGCACAUUUCUUAUCGCAUCGCAAUUUGCGUUUCAUCAAAUAUCGCAUCGCCGAUUUGAGUUGCGAUAUUCGCACAUCGCCAAUAAUGAGGCUAUUUUGCGUUUCAUCAAAAAUCGCACAUCGCAAGAGCACCUGUUUUUUGCGAUAUUUUGCUUAAAACAUGCGAUCACACAAACCCAGUCGCAGACGGUAAAAAAAAAUUCAAUAUGGCCGACGUGUUGUUUUUUUUUAUGGAAAAUAACGCGAGAAGGACAGAGCGGGAGUUCCGGCCCCGUCUGGAGAUAGGCGGGGUUCGCGAUAUCGACUUUGUGAAUCGGUAUCGGGUAAACAGAACCACCGCACAGGAGCUAGUGGAGCUUCUGGGGCAGGAUCUUGCCAGAUCCGAACGUGGCGGAAAAACAAUUUCGCCAGAGACCAAGAUCCUCGUCAGCCUAAGAUUUCUUGCGAAAGGGGCAUUCUAUUCGGAACUAGCCGACACCCAUGGCAUCAGUCGCUCGAGCGUGUCCAGAACUGUGCAUAACUUUGUUGAGUCUGUCAACAACAACCUGGACAAUAUUAGGUUUCCAAUCGACAGAGAAGAUGUUGUAAAAGAGAAGAGGGCAUUUUACAACAAAUGUAGACUUCCGAAUCUUGUUGGAGCAGUGGAUGGGACCUUAAUCCCAAUCACUACUCCAACUGUAGAUGAGGAAGUCUACGUUUGUCGAAAAGGUUACCACGCCAUCAACUGCCAGGCGAUUGUAAACACAAGCUUGAAGUUCAUUAGUGUUGUGGCGAAAUGGCCGGGCUCUACCCAUGAUGGAGCGGUAUUUGAAAAUUCAAGAAUUAAGGUAAAAUAAAUAAUUCUUCAUGUAUCAAAUUUUAGUUACCAUAAUUAAAAGUGUUGUUAAUAAUUUAAAAGGAUGAAAAUACCAAAACUUGUAAGAAAGUUGUGACCUAUGAUACUCUCACUCAUGUCUGAGUAUCAAUGGCUCACCAUUGCUAAAGGUGUGCAAGCAGUCAAAUGCUUACAGAGGAAAACUGCCCAAUGGAUCUGACCGCAGUGAUAGGACAUUGUUGUUAAAAAUGAAGUAAAAUCCAACCAACAGAACCAAAAAUACAUAAAUACUACAACU